AUGGAAUUAGACGAAUCGGCAGUUUUAUCACCUGAGCAAGAAGCAAAUGAUAUAGCUAAAGAAGAGGAUGCUGCUGUCACGCUAACUGAAGAAGAAAAUCUGCUAAUUGAUAAUUAUCUGAAUGGUAAGGAUAUUUGGAAUACAAACGAAGAAGCUCCGAAUCCUUAUUACUUAGGCGAUGUAAUUGAAGCAAUUAUCCAUAUUGCUUUUCCUGCAUACACUCGUCCUCCGCUUCCUCCUGGUCCUCACUAUUUCCCCUUAAAACUUUGUUUUUUAGGGCCAUUGUUUUCAGGAAGACACACACAAAUAAAAUUUUUGGAAGCAAAAUAUGGAAUUAAAUCCUUUGAUAUAGAAAAAAUUAUAGAAGACCGAAAUGGAGUUUUAGAAAGAAAAGCAGAGCUUGAUGCAGGUAAAAAGCUGAAAAAGCCUGAAGAAGAAUCAGAUUUUUUUGUGCAAGAAUCGAUAAACUGUCCUGGGAAUUCUCCCGAUGAGCUUGCAAGGCUUUUCAGAGCUAAAAUCAGAGGGCUGUUUGGAGAUGAACCAAAAAUAGAAGAAGAGGUAAAAAAGCCAGGUAAAAAAGAAGAAGUUAAAUGUCAAGGAUGGGUUGCACUUGGGUAUCCAAGGAAUAAAGAAGAAGCUAAGUCAUUUGAAAAGAUUUUUAGCGGGUAUGUCCAUCCGACUGAGCUUCCAGAGUCAAUUGGAAGCAUAAAAAAGAGGGAAGCUGAAAUUAUAGCGAAAUCGUCACUUACAGAAAUAAGACCUUAUUUACUGGAGAAAUCAGGAUUUGACCUAAUAUUCUGACUAGAAGCUCCUCUUUCCAAUUUAGUUCAUAGAGCUAUAGACAGAAGAGUCGAUAACAGCGGAAAUGUCUAUAAUCUUACUUAUAACCCUCCUCCAGAUAAUCUUCUACCAAAACUUAAAUUAAUUGAGCACCCCAAUGAGGCUGAAAUUACAGAAAAAUACCACGAGUUUAUUAAAGAAACCAAUGGACUUAAAGACUGAUUCCGACUGUUUGGAAUUGAAGACUGGAAAAGCUUAAACGUGAUAUCAGGACAUCGGAUUGAAGAAGUAAAAGAAAUGAUUGAAGCCAAAAUUCAAGAAUGGCUUAAAAUUCGUGAGGAAAUUUCUAAAAAUCAACUAUUAGAUCAGACUGAGGUUAAGAAAAAAAUAUCCUUUAGGGAUACAGAAAUCGAUUUAAAUUAUAGUCAGGCUUCAUCUUUAUAUGAGCAAUGGGAAAAUGCUCUUAAGAAUUAUAUUUUGUCGUUAAAAGAAAAUUUAGUGAAGACGUCAACAACACAGUAACAGUUAUUUAGAAAUGUUAUUGAUUCUAUUAUAGAACAUUCAUUUGUAGAGUUUAAGAAAUUUUUGACGAGGCCAGAUCACAAGCAAAGCAUGAUUGAGCCUUUUGUGAAUAAAAUUAUUAACUUGAUGGAGAGGAGGUCGAUAAAUAUGCUAUAUGAAAUUGAAUUAGAUUAUAUUUUUAUUUUAUUAUAAUUUAAGUGCCAAAUUCUAUAUUAAAAUAACUAUAAUUAUUCUCAUCAGUGCUGGCUUUCUUUAUCAAUUAAUUUAAAAGCUGAUAACCUCAAAAGAUCGAAAAUUUAUUUUCGAAGAAAUUGAUGAUUUUUCAGACAAAUUGUGGGAUAUCAUUGAAGAAAGAAAAGCUGAAGCCAUUAAUUACAGACUUAAAAUAAUGAAAGGAAUUUCAGAAAAAGAACUGUCUCAAGGAACCAUGGAGAUUACAAAAGCACUUAUCCAAACUGAACUAGAAAAGCUUGUGAAUUUAACUAAUCUUAUUAUAGAUUUCCAAUAUCAAGCUAAUCUUUCUGAACGAAACAAAGUUGGUGUGCCUGAGCUAAAUUUUGAAUUUUCUGAAGAUUCAGAUAUUUAUAAUGACUUGGACCAAAUGUGUGAAGAAUACAAAUUAAAGCUUUUACCUUGAGUUGUCCAGUAGAAAUUUCAAGCUAUUUACUGAUUUAUAAACAUAACUCCCUUCCGUUUUAGCUUGUGCUGAUUAUUCAAUCAAGGAUUUAAAAAAUUUUUUGUGAAAAAACACUAUUUAACAAAAUUUUUCGCAUAUAAAGCAUUUUAUGCACUAGCGAUAAGAGAUAGAGUGUGCAAUAUAUAAAUAAACAGGCUAAAAAUCACAUUAGAAUAAUUGAAGAAUAAUUAUGUUCCAUUAUCAUUAUUAUAAAAAGUAAGUAGUUAUAUAAAGGAUAGGGAGGGGAAUUGGCUUCAUGAAUAGCUCGAUCAAGAUUUGAUUUAUUUUCCAAAUCUGGGUAAUUUUAAAGGAUAAGGAGGAGUAAGGCAAUUUAGUAUAUCUAUUUCUCAAUUAGGACUUGAAUCAUUGGAACUUCAAGAGUUAAGCGCUAUUUUUGCUUUAAGAGUUUCAGAAAUUAAGAACUGGGCUAAAGAGGAACUUCUCAAAAUGAAAAAGAAAGUGCAGCAUGCAUAUGAUAUUUUAGAUGAUUGGAUAACUGAUUCAGUAACAGGAGAAAACAAUCUUGUCAAUCUAAUGGUAAAGCAUUGGAAAUCAUGCUUAGAAGAUAGAAGAAAAAUUGAAAUAACUGAAAUUGAAAAAAAUGAUAGCAUCAUCAAAUAUUUAAGACCUUUAUAA